CCCCGGUCUCGGAGCAGCCACGCGCGGCCCGUGAGCCUCGCCACCAGCGGGGGCUCGGAGGAGGAGGACAAAGACGGCGGGGUGCUGUUUCACGUUAACAAGAGUGGCUUUCCUAUCGACAGCCACACCUGGGAGCGCAUGUGGAUGCACGUGGCCAAGGUGCACCCCAAGGGGGGAGAAAUGGUGGGCGCCAUCCGGAAUGCCACCUUCUUAGCAAAGCCUUCUAUACCCCAGGUCCCAAACUACAGGCUGUCGAUGACGAUCCCAGACUGGCUGCAGGCGAUCCAGAAUUACAUGAAGACACUACAAUACAAUCACACAGGGACCCAGUUCUUUGAAAUUAGGAAAAUGAGACCGCUGAGUGGGUUAAUGGAAACAGCAAAAGAAAUGACCCGAGAGUCCUUACCUAUCAAAUGCCUCGAAGCUGUCAUCCUGGGCAUAUACUUAACAAAUGGACAGCCUUCCAUUGAGCGAUUCCCCAUCAGCUUUAAAACCUACUUCUCAGGAAACUACUUUCACCAUGUUGUGCUGGGGAUUUACUGCAAUGGCCGCUAUGGCUCACUGGGCAUGAGCCGAAGGGCUGAGCUGAUGGACAAGCCAUUGACCUUUCGGACUCUGAGUGACCUCAUCUUUGAUUUUGAAGACUCCUACAAGAAAUACUUGCACACGGUCAAGAAGGUCAAGAUUGGGCUGUACGUCCCCCAUGAGCCUCAUAGCUUCCAACCUAUUGAGUGGAAGCAGCUGGUCCUCAAUGUCUCAAAGAUGUUGAGGGCAGACAUAAGGAAGGAGCUGGAGAAAUAUGCCAGAGACAUGAGAAUGAAGAUCUUGAAACCUGCAAGUGCCCACUCUCCAACCCAAGUGAGAAGCCGGGGAAAAUCCCUGUCCCCCCGAAGGAGACAAGCAAGCCCCCCGAGAAGGCUUGGCAGGCGAGACAAGUCGCCUGCUCUGCCUGAAAAGAAGGUGGCUGAUCUCAGUACUCUGAAUGAAGUGGGCUAUCAAAUCCGAAUUUAGCCAAGCCAUACCGGCCAGCAAGAGGGUUUCUGUGGUGCUUCUCUCUGCACUUUACCCAGCGUCUUCAGGAGGAACUGCAACUAUUUAUUAAGAACUUUAGAGAAUUUUAUUUUUAAGCGUUCACCUGGAAAUAGAAUCUGAGUGGGUGAUGACAAUUAGCUUUAAAAAAAAAAAUUCACUAAAAGGCAACCAUGAAUAAGCUAAAAAAAGUAACCCCACUGGGGUUGGACUGUCUCCCUCACUCAAGAUCUUAAGGAUAACUACCAUAACUAGUUUUUCUUUUUUUUUUUUUACUUUUCCAUCUACCUGUUUUCUACUUGAACAUUAUGCCUCAUCACUAGUAAAUGUCCAUGAAAUCCUCUCUCCCACUUUUGGUAUAGUAAGGUAACUCAAUCAGUAUUACUGUCUUCUUCAGCAAUAACAGAAGCAAAGAUGGGUGGCUUUUUUUAAGCAUUUAAUAUUACCUCAGCAUUUCAACAUCAGAUAUGCAAACUUAAUGGUGUGGUUUUUGUUUUUUUAAUAUUCUAUUUGUAUUGUUUCCCCAGUAUUUCCCUUGGGGAUCUCCAUAAGAUUGGAGCUUUUUUCCUGAUGUACACAUGUGAUGAGAUUUAAGAUAUUAUAUGCAAGUGUUUUACUAAAAAGCACCGACAUUCUGGCAAUACGGGAAACCAUGUUCAGGAUCUUGGAGUCACUUCCUUCUUCACCUUUCUUAAAGCGUUUGCUGACAGCAGUUUUCGUUCUUUCAACACCGAACAGAAAAAGCGGGCUCAGAAGCUAGUCUGUGUUCUGUCACUACUGUUUAAACUUUGCAGACUCCACCAAAAAGCACAAGAGGUCAUAGGCACUGUUACGGGGACGGAGCACAACUGCGAUUACCUCUGGCAGAUACACACUCAGAAAGGCAGAGACGCCAGGGAUGAAUCAGCAGGUCUUGAGAACCAGAUAACCUUUCUGUUCCCGUUUCAUCUCAUUUUGAAACUCGGAGUCAGGCUCUGAUUCUGAAGGACUCACUGUUGUUAAAGAUGUAUUCCAAUGUCUUAUAUUAAGGCCAAUGUGACACGACCUGAUUAUUUGCCAGCAUCUUGCUUUAAGGUGCCGUUUCAUGACACUUAGGAACUAGGACUAGAAAAUACAAUGAAUUUGAAAGAACCUUCCCUUUUCUCCAUGGAAUUCUUCCAGAUCAGUGUUACACCUUACAGUAUGACUUAGUCCUUAAAGCACAAAAGGAGUAUCUGACCAGCACGUGGAAGUGGCAGAGUAAAUCCAGCUGCAAACCACGUGACUUGGCAUGAAGCGCUAACACGAACGUAGUGUGCAUGUUAUACAUGUCAAGAGCACAGCUGCUAUUAUCAUCUUAUCUUGGUAGCCAUGCCAACUUAGGAGACCAAAGGCAUAUUUAAGUGAAGGUUGCCUGCCGACGAGUGUUAGUCCAGUCUCGAUGCUUUCCUCCGGCUUUCUUGGACUGAAGGUGGUUAUAGGAAGGGAGUUAAAAAAAAAAAAAAAAUCAAUCAGCUCACUGGGACUCUUUACCAAUUAAACCCUGUGGGGGUAACACGGAAAACAAAAGGACUCAUCUCUCAGCUCCAUGCGCACGAGCUCUUCGUACCCGAAAGAUCAUUAUUAUUAAUGAAGAACACUGCUCGGAAAAGGAAGUCUAAUGUCCUUUAGGUGAACAGGACCAAGUUUGUGUACAUUGCAAGUAGAUUAAAAUGCAGUCUACGGUAAAAAUUCUGAUCUUAAUUGCUCUCUUCAAGAAUGGUAUUAUCAGUUAAGUUCCAAAUGAAUUCUCUUCAUAGAUCCUCACACAGCAAACCCAUCAGCAACCUCAUGGCCAAAUGUAUUUAGAUGUUUAGAGGAGUCAGUGAAUCAUUUCAUUCUCAUUCUGAAACGGUACUGACUUAACCAUCUGAAACUUUAUUAUAAGAGCUUGGAAUCGUAUUAAGUACUGUCCCACCCAACAUACAGGAUGUCAAGCAGUUGCAUAGCCUUUUGUUUCCCAGAGAUAAAAGGGGAAAAAACAAGACUACAAAACUGUUUCUAACAUGCUGAUGUAGAAGCCUUAAAACUGCCAACUGGCUUGAUGAUUCAUUAGUAACCUAAUUUCUUCCACAUGCACGCCUUGAUUUGUAGAUUCAUUUUCUCAAAGCAAGGGUUAGUCACAGAAAUAUGAAGAUACAUUUAAAAUGUUCUUGUCAUUCUAUUUUUAUUGCCUAUGGAAUAAGUAAUUUCUAAACAUGGGAAAGGCACCAAACUCCCUAAAUUCUAGUGCAGUAAUUAAAUUAAAAUAAUUAGAGACUAGAAAAAAACUCGAUGUUUUAUCCCCCCCCAGAAUUGGCUUUUAAACCAACUAUAAUUCAAAAGAUAAAAAAUAAAACUAUAAAAUGAUUUGAAAUGUAGUUUUUAAAAAGUCAUUAGUGCAAAAGAAACUUUACGCUCAAGCCAUCAUGGCAAUAUAUGCAAAGUUUAAAUGAAUGACAGAAAUCUCGAUUUUAGACUAUGUUGUGCUGUUUUGAGUACACUUUAUUUCAGAAACUGAUAUUUAGUAUUUUCUAUACACUCUGAAGUCAUGAGCAUUUCACUUUUUCUAAGUCAAUUAUUUCAUAAGGAUUUUAUUAAUAGAUAUUGGUAAAUAGAACUUUGGAAAUCUUAAUUCAGUAUUCUUACUAUACCUGAGGCUUUUGUAAGCUAUAGUUUUAUGUACAACCUUGUACAGUUUUUUUGACAUACAAUUAAAAAUCUUGUUUAUUCUCUUGGACUUUGUUCUGGCCAAUACUUUUUUUUAAAUCUUUAAGAAAAACUGUGAUUGUUUUAGUGGGUAUUUUUCUAAGUAAAUUGAAAACUUGUAUAAUGGUAUUUUAGAGAAUGCUGGAUAAGUGCAUGUUUCAAGUUAAUGUUUUUCUCAUCACUUGUAUGUUUAUACACAGCAUGGGACUUUAAUAAAACCAUCCUGGAAACUGGACGAUUGUUUUUCCUCAAAACUAUAUGAUGGUGUGAUUGUUUUCUCUCUUCCUCUUAUUAUACUUGUUUCGGUAACUCACCCAUAUUCUCUCAGCCUUCUUUCACAAUUUUCAACUUUUAUAUUAAAUGUGAUUCUCAGGGCCAUCAGGUGGCAUGG